AUGGAUCUGAGCAAACCUCAAGUCGGAGCCUCUUCCUCUUCCUCUUCGUCCUCUUCUUCCACCCAUUCGCUCACACACGAUGUCUUUCUGAGCUUCAGAGGUCCGGAUACCCGCAACAAUUUCACAAGCCAUUUGUACCGCAAUUUGGUUAACAAGGGAAUUAACACCUUCAUAGAUAAUGACCUUACAAGAGGAGAAGAUAUGUCACAAGAGCUUCUCGACGUAAUUGAGAGAUCAAAGAUUUCCGUAGUUGUAUUUUCUGCCAACUAUGCAUCUUCAAAGUGGUGCUUGGAUGAACUUGUCAAGAUCAUUCAAUGUAAAAAAUCCAAACAACAAAUAGUUUACCCAAUUUUCUACAAGGUAGAUUCGUCGGUGAUAAAGUACCAGAAGGGCCAGGUUGGUCAGGCAAUUGAUCACCUUUGCAGAUACAAGGAUAACUUGGAGAAGAAGGAGAGUUGGAAGGCAGCUCUUGAACAAGCAGCCAGUUUGUAUGGGUGGCCCAUCUCCGAUAAAGGGCAUGAAGCGAAUGUCAUUGAACAAAUUGUUACAGAGAUAUCAACCAAAAUAACAAGAUCCACCCUUUUACAUGUGGCAACACAUCCUGUUGGAAUAGAAUCUCGUGUAAAAGACAUAGUUAAGCUCUUAAAUGUAGGGCAAGACAAUCCUCACAUGGUAGGGAUAUGGGGAAUUGGCGGAAUAGGAAAAUCAACACUUGCGAAAGCUGUUUACAAUUCAAUUAGCAAUAAGUUUGAACAUAGCUGUUUCCUGGCAAAUGUUAGAGAGGAAUCAUCUUCAGAUGAAGGUCUUGUCAAGCUACAAAACAAUUUUCUUUCUAAAAUUAUAGAGAGAAAUCCACCUAAUGUGACCAAUGUGGAUGAAGGAAUCACUCAGCUGAAGCAAAAACUAAGCCAGAAAAGGGUUCUCUUAGUUCUUGAUGAUGUGGACCGCUUGGAUCAGUUAAAAAAACUUGUUGGAGGGUGUGAUUGGUUUGGUCGAGGGAGUAAAAUUAUCAUAACAACAAGAGAUACAAAUUUGCUAAGUCCUGAUUCAACAUAUGUGGUCAAGGAAUUAAAUCAUGAAGAUGCUUCAAAGCUCUUCAAUUGUUAUGCCUUCAAAGGAGAUAUAUGUCCGGAUGGCUUCUUUGAACUUGCAACUGAGGUAAUACAUUAUGCUAAAGGGAUUCCGUUAGUUUUGGAAGUUUUGGGGUCAGACCUAUGUAGUAAAAAGGAUAAGGAUGUGUGGAAAGCUGCAUUAGAGUAUUACAGGAGCUGUUAUGAAAAAAGCUAUGUGAUUGAUGUAUUGCAAAGCUGUGACCCGCCCAAGAAUGCUCUCAAAAACUGUGACCUGCCCAAGUAUGCUCUUGAAGUCCUCGUAGAAAAGGCCUUAAUAAAAAUUGAGAAAGACAAUUGGAAAAGACAAUUGAUUUGGAUGCAUGAUCGUAUAGAGGACAUGGGAAAAGAAAUUGUUCGGCAAGAGUUCCCUCAUGAGAUAGGAAAACGCAGUAGAUUGUGGCUUUAUGAGGAUAUUUGCGAGGUCCUUGAGGAAAACACAGGAACGGAUAAAAUUAAAGCCAUCGUGUUGAAAAGCGUUUGGAAUUCACCAAAGAUACAGUUGAACGGCGGAAGCUUCACAAACUUGAAAAAUCUUCAAAUUUUUAAAGUCGGUUAUAAGAUGCUUAGUGGAGAGAGCGUGGAUUAUCUCCCCAACCGGUUGAGGGUCCUUGACUGGAGUGAUUGUUCAUUACGAUCGCUGCCAACGAAUUUUAAUCCGAGGAACCUUGGCAUGCUGGAAAUGAGUGGGCCCUGCAUGACUCCUCUGGGAUUGAAAUUGAAGGAAAUGCGACACUUGAAAUCUAUCAAAUUGUGGGACUGUGAUGGUCUAACCAGAAUUCCCGACUUGUCUGGAUUAACAUCCUUAAAGGAGCUGGAGCUGUCUCGCUGUGAAGAUUUAGAUGAAGUUGACCCUUCGGUUGGCCGUCUCGAUAAGCUCGUCAUUUUGAAACUCACCCAGUGUAAAAAGCUCCAGAUGUUUCCGAAGGUGAUCAACCUGAAAUCUUUGGAAACUCUGGAUCUAAGUGAGACUGCCAUCAAAGAGUUACCUUGCUUGGUUGGAAAUCUCACUGGCCUUAAAUCCUUGUCUCUAUAUGGGUGUCAUAAUCUUACAGAUAUACCAUCGAGCAUUUUCUAUGAAUUGCAACGUCUGGAGGAUCUUGAUCUUUCGGAUUGCAGAAAACUUGUUACAUUUCCAACAAAGUCAGAAUCACUUCCUCCUCCCCCGGUCUUUUCAACUAACCUCACUUCCAGAUUACAAGUUCGUCUGAACGAUUGUUUCGGGCGGCUUGAAGACAUUUCAGAAUUUCCACGAGAAAUAGAUCGCUUAUCUGUGGUUGAUUGUCAGUCAUUGAAAACAAUUUCAAAGUUGUCAAAAAUUUUGGAGGGGAAAGAUUCAAAAAUGUUUGGUGAGUUGAACUUGAGUCGCUGCUACACACUCUGCGACAAUCUGGCUCGUGCAGUGAUAUCAGGGGUUGACGUUGACAAGGGACUAUUUGAUCUGGCAACCGAGAGAACCGGAGGAUUGAUGGAAGAGGCGGAAGAAUUGAUGGAAGAGUCAGAGGAAGAAGAGGCGGAAGAAUUGAUGGAAGAGUCAGAGGAAGAAGAGGUAGAGGAAGAAUUGAUGGAAGAGGCAGAGGAAGAAUUGAUGGAAGAGGAAGGGGCAGAGGCAAAGGCAGAGGCAAAGGCAGAGGCAGUGAAAUUGACGGCUCUGUUGACUCUAUUUUUCUCUUGUGCGAAAUCUGAAGAAUUCCAAGUAACAUUUGAUGCAACUGCUCCGCUUCCAAACUGGUUCACCUGCCGUCAGGAUGUGAAUUGCGAUGUGAAUGGUGAAGUGAUAAAUAAAGAGCAUGAGUUUUGCUUUGAAAUUCCUCAAAACUCCAAUUGGGACAACAAAGGGUUGGCUCUCUGUAUUCAAUCGUGUGGGGAUUGGGAUGAGGAGGAGGAUGAGGUCCGUUAUUUUGUUUACAUCAAUGGAAUAAAGUUUGAUGAGAAAAUCCUGUAUGCGGGUGACGUGUGGGUGCAUUAUAUUCCAUUCGUGACAGUAAAAAAGAGGUUGAGUGAAAGUGGGAUAUCGUCACCUGAUAUGUUUCGAGUUAUGUUUCGUCUUGAAGAAGAUUUUAUUGAUACAGAAGUGCCUUUUGGGGCAAGCUGGGGAGUCCACCUGAUCGAAGAUUUGGAAGGAGAAGGCCGAUGAUAGUUCAGCUGACUUCCAGUAUAUGCUGAUUCUGCUGCCACUGAGGAUGACAUUCACACACCCAAGUUACAAAACACUUACCUCAGAAGAACUACUCCUUUAAAAGCAUGAUGCUCGAUCAUCAUAACACAAUGUGAAGGAGUGUUCAAUUUAGAGGAAAUGAUCGAGUGAGUCUUUGGAAUCAAACCUCUAGAGCAUGAUCAAUGGAGUUGAUAAGACCAACAGUGAGGGUAUCUAUGUCUGAAUUCCUUGUUUGUUCCAGAGCAGUAAAGACGCGCACAUUGAUCAAUAUUUCAGAAAUAAAAGGACAGGGAAAAAUCCUUAUGCAAUGUCUGUAUUAAGUUGAGUUGCAAAGGAACUCGAUGCUCCAGAUAUGGCUGAUACAAUAGAGCAAGUGGAUUAUGUACUUCAUUAGCAAGCAAGGUUGGACAUACCAUGGAUUUCAUUCAGUUUUUCCUAAGAAGAAGGCAAUACAUGCCUGUUGCAAGUUUGAGUCAUCCUUCAUAAAAAGGUUCAAAGGUGUAGAAGAGUUGAGGAAAACAGCAUUUGGGCCUCUUAAAAAUGUCUGCCCAGAUUGAGGAGGACAUUGAUGCAGAAGAAUUGCAGGCGGGUGGAAGCAUUUCACCAAGAGCUUAUAUUGGAACAACAUGGUGAUCGAUCUGAGGUGAACUAUAUAUUCCUUUUGAAUCAACAAUUAGAGAUGGUUUAUGAGUUGCUAUCAUCUGAUUAAUUAAGGGGCCAGCAAGUGUGGGAUGAUAUGCUCAACUUGAGGAAGGAAUUUUUCUGUUCAACUGUGGUACAGAUUUCUGCUUCCAUUGGAGCUUUUAGAGGAGACAGUCUCGUUUGACUACUUUUAAACUACUUUCUUUGUUUAUUUUGUAGAGAGACUGAUCUAAUCAGUGGGAUGCCAAACUAUUCGAGAUUUAAUUAGUUUAGGACAGGGAUCUACUCUACACUCAUAUUUGCAACUCUUGAUAUUUGACAAGAUGAAAAUCAGCAAUGUUGUCCUCUUAAUGCAAGCUAAGAUGAAUCUAGAGAUCUGGUCGAGACAAUAAUGAAUUACUGAGUUUAGGUAACUUCUUUUUCUAUAAGCGACUGCUGCAGACAAUCUUUGCAAUAUGUAUUAGAGGUUGGUCUUAUGGGAUUUGAACUUUUAAAGGUGCUGUCUCCUA